UCCUUGUUAAGCUGCUUCUCUUUGGCUGUAGCCUGUCUCAAAGAUAAAACCCAAAAACAACGCUCUUCCAUUUUAGGGUUUUAGCGAGUAACCUUGUCCUGCUUCUACUUCAGUUUUGUUGUGUAAUUCUUAUGGCCGCCGAUGCUUCUACUGCCCUUGCAGUGAGACAGAAAGUUCAACAAUUUCUGAAUGCAGCUUGUACUGGCAAUGUUGAUCUCUUGAAGAAGUUGGCGAGGCAGCUUGACGAGGGUAAGGGGUUGGCUGGAACGGUGGCUGAUAUUAAGGAUGCGAACAAACGAGAGGCACUUCACUUUGCGGCCAGGGAGGGGAAGACAGAAGUUUGCAAGUACUUGUUAGAGGAAUUGAAGCUCGAUGUUGAUACAAAAGAUGAAGAUGGUGAGACUCCUCUUAUUCAUGCUGUUCGGCAAGGGCAUACCAGUACAGCCAAAUACCUUCUCGAGUGUGGUGCCAAUCCUGCUAUACCUACUGACUUAGGGGCCACAGCCCUGCAUCAUUCUGCUGGAAUAGGAGAAAUUGAGCUGCUGAGGAUUUUACUUUCCAAGGGUGUUGAUGUUAACUCACAAAGUGAUUCUGGUACUCCUCUAAUUUGGGCUGCUGGUCAUGGACAAAAAGAUGCUGUCAAAGUUCUAUUGGAACACCAUGCUAAUCCUAAUAUUGAAACAGAUGAUGAUAUUACUCCACUGUUGUCAUCAGUGGCAGCUGGUUCACUGGCAUCUUUAGAGUUGUUGAUUCAGGCAGGCGCUAAAGUAAAUAUUAGCGCUGGUGGAGCAACCCCUUUGCAUAUUGCUGCUGAUAAUGGGAGCUUAGAAAUCAUAAACUGUCUGUUGAAAGCUGGAGCUGAUCCAAAUGUCACUGACGAGGAUGGUCUGAAGCCGAUCCAGGUUGCAGCUGCACAAGGCAAUCGAGGAGCCGUUGAGAUUCUUUUUCCUUUGACUUCAAAAGUUCAGACCAUUUCAAAUUGGACUGUUGAUGAAAUACUUGAGCAUAUGCAGUCUGAAACUAGCAAACAACAGGAAGAAACAAGGGAUCAAAGCAAUGUUAAUAUGCCGAAGGAAACCAAUCUACUAAAGCAAGGUCUCCCUGAGGUGGCACCAGAAGCAAAGAAGAAAGCUGCAGAAGCAAAAUGUAGAGCAGAUGAUGCUUUCAAAAGAAAAGAUUAUCAUACUGCUGUAGAUGCUUAUACACAAGCAGUUGAUUUAGACCCCACUGAUGCUACUUUGUUUUCCAAUCGGAGCCUUUGUUGGAUACGCAUGGGUCAAGCUGAGCAUGCCUUAGAUGAUGCAAAGGCCUGCCGAGCAUUAAGGCCAGAUUGGCCGAAAGCUUGCUACCGGGAAGGUGCAGCUUUACGCUUAUUGCAGAGGUUUGAUGAAGCAGCCAACUCUUUUUAUGAGGGAGUGCAGCUUGACCCCGAAAAUAAGGAACUUGUGCAUGCCUUCAGGGAAGCUGUUGAAGCUGGGAGGAAGUUUCAUGGUACCAAAUCACCAAUCAAGAAAGAGGAACUGGAGUUUUGUGUGGAUAAAUAGCUGUAAGGGUCAUACCGGACAUACAUGGAAACUGUAUCAAAAAAAAAACUGUUAUAGUUUAUCAAUGAGAAUUGUUCACUGUUUUGGUAGAGAAUCACAAUUAUUUCAGCCAGUUUAACAUCAAAAACCUUAUUGUAAGAUUUCUUAGACUGGUUAGAGUCCAACCGAAUCAAAAGGUUCCGAAUAAUCUAUUAAAAGGCUCAUGCAUUCAACAGCCUGCCAAGGGAAGAAGCCCGUUUAAGACAACCAGGGACAACUUACAGCAUUGGUACUACAGUCUACAAUUGAGGGAAAACCUUGGAAACCCAUGAUCCACAGUGCUCAUUGAAUUGAUUGGCGUUGGUCUGAAACCAGACAUAAGUACCCUCCUGUAUUUAGGUUUGUAAAAACUCUAUUUGCAUGCUUAUUUACUGACACACCAAAUGCACUAUUUAUGUGAAAGCCAAACACAUUAGUUAGUAUAAAAGAUACUUGUGUUGGGAAACUUUUUUA